GCGGGCCGAGCUCGGGGGCUGGGAGCCGCGGCGGCGCGGGGCAGGUCCCGGGCGGGGUUAGGAAGCGCGGCGGGGCUGGUCCCGGCGCGGAGCGGGGCUGGCGCGGGGGAGGAUGAGCCCGGCGCGGCGCAGCCGGAGCCACCCGAGUCCCGCUCCCUGCGGGGCCGCCUGUUAGUGCUGGAGGAGGAGGAAGAGGAGGAGGCGGCGGGCGGCCGCAGCCCGGGCGGGACGGGAGCUGCCGCGGCGGCGGCAGCGGGCGGGGAGCGGGUUUCGGCCGGAGCUGGGCGGCGGCCCGGCGGCGGAGCGGCCAUGCCGUGGUUGAGCGGCGGUCGUCGUCGUCGGCAGCAGCAAGUGGCGGCGGGACAGGGCGGCGGGCCGCCGGCGGGCGGGCAGCGGGGCCGGGAGAGCUCGGAGCUACCGCUGCCCGCCGGCUGGGAGGAAGCGAGGGACUUCGACGGGCGAGUCUUUUACAUCGACCAUAACACCCGGCAGACCUCGUGGAUCGAUCCCCGGGACAGGAUUACAAAGCCAUUGACAUUUGCUGACUGUGUCGGUGAUGAGCUUCCUUUAGGAUGGGAAACUGUUUACGAUCAACAGAUUGGAGUUUAUUAUAUGGACCACAUAAAUCAGCUCACACAAAUUGAGGACCCACGGGAGCAAUGGAGAAGGGAGCAGGAACGCAUGCUGAAGGAAUAUUUAAUAGUUGCCCAGGAGGCACUCAAUGCCAAGAAAGAAAUUUACCAAAUAAAGCAGCAGCGUUUUGAACUAGCCCAAGAAGAAUAUCAACAAUUGCACAAGAUGUGUGAGGAUGACAGCCGUUCUUACGCCAGCUCAUUCUCUGGAUUUUCAACUAAUACCAAGUAUGACCCAUAUCAGAUUAAAGCAGAAAUAGCCAGCCGUCGUGACAGACUUUCUAGGCUUAAACGGGAAUUGGCACAAAUGAAGCAGGAGCUGCAAUAUAAGGAAAAAGGAGUGGAAACUCUUCAAGAGAUUGAUCGUAAGAUGUCAAGUGCUCAUACAAAUUAUAGACUGGAUGAAGCACAGGCUAUAAUGAGUGAGCUUCGAACCAUAAAGAAAGCUAUAUGCACAGGUGAAAAAGAAAGGCAGGACCUUAUGCAGAGCCUGGCCAAGUUAACAGAUGGAUUCAGGAAUAGCUGUUGUAUUACAGAUUCCCUGCAGGAUGCCCAGCACAAUUCUAGUUCGCUCAGCGACUCCUGUUUACCUCAACAACACUGCGAUGCUUGUUCUCAGACUGACAUCACUGGGGAGUUUGGGUUCGAUGACAAAACAAGACUUGUAGACAGAGUAAGACUGAACUGGCAAUAUGAAGAGGCCAAGAAAAGAGUUUCGAAUAUACAACAGCAGCUGGCCUUGCUAGACAAUGAAUCCUGGCCAGGAAUGGCUGAAGCGGACAGGGACCGUCUUCAGCUCAUCAAAGAGAAGGAGGCUCUUCUUCAGGAGCUGCAGCUCAUCAGCCAGCAGAGACGAUCCCCAGAAGACAUCGCACGUUUGGAGGAAGAAAAAAGGCGCUUGGAGGAUGAAAUUCAGCGGGCUCGAGCAACCUCUGCUCAUGGGGCCACUGAAAGGAUACUGUUACAGGAAAAGAGAAAUUGUUUGCUUAUGCAACUAGAAGAAGCUACACGCUUAACCUCAUAUUUACACUCCCAGUUAAAAAGUCUGUCAGCUAGCACCCUCACAAUGUCCUCUGGCAGCAGCAGGGGAUCCCUGGCCUCCAGUCGAGGAUCCUUGGCCUCCAGCAGAGGCUCUCUGAGCUCAGUCAGCUUUACCGACAUCUAUGGCCUUCCGCAGUACGACAAAUCAGACGGCGUUACAGACUACGGGCAGCACUUACGCUUCGACAUAAUCCCCUUUGAGUCUCUCACGAAGGAUGUGCCCUAUGCUGAUCCCAUUGGACACUCGAAUUUCAAUAAGCAGCGGAGGUCUCUGGAUACCCCGCAGUCUCUGGCGUCCCUGUCAUCGCGGUCCUCCUUGUCAUCAUUGUCCCCUCCAAGCUCACCCCUGGACACCCCGUUUCUCUCUGCAUCUCGAGAUUCUCCUUUGGCUCAGAUGUCAGAAGGUUUUGAGGAGAUGGCAAGCAUAGGAGCCCUGGAAAUGCUGAGGGCUCAGACCACAGUGUUGGGUGAUGAUGAUACACAAGGGAUGAGCUCAUCUCAGACGUCCACUUACCCUGUGGACAACGAAGGGCUGCGAGAAAUGGGACCACAGCUGAUGGCUGUCCAGACUGGUGGAGCUGUGACUCUGCGAGGAGACAGCGGGAGAAGAUCGGAGAGGAGAGCCAGGCGAGUUUCAGCAUGUCUCUCAGAUCAUUCACUGGCUAGUGACAGUGGCGUGUUUGAAGCUUUAAGCAAAAGGAAUGAAGAUCUGGAAGAGCCUGUAUAUGGUGAUGCUGCCAAUAGUGAAGAACCACAAAUAUAUGUUGGUUUUCUGCAUGACAGUGGAAGUGAGUGUCUGUUAGUCCACGUAUUACAGCUGAAGAACUUUACUAGUCUAGUUGUUAAGGAAAACUGCAAAAUUCAUGUGAGAGUUUAUUUGCCACCGCUUGAGUCAGGCACACCAACCACUUACUGCUCUAGAGCUUUGGAAUUCCAAACUCCAUUAAUAUUUAAUGAAGUUUUCCGAAUCCCCGUGCAUUCAAGUGUUUUGAAAUUAAAAUCACUACAGCUGUAUAUCUGUUCAGUUGAUCAUCAGCAGCAAGAAGAACUAUUGGGCAUUGCGCAGAUAAACCUGACUGAUGCAGAGAGUUCGGGUGAGAUGCAGCUUCACUGGUAUUCUGUUCAGAUCUUCACGGGUUCAGAUCCCCAGAGAGCAAAGAACAAAAACCAAUGUGAAGAAAGUGUUCCCCGGUCUUCUGGAAAUGUAACUACAGUUAAAACAGAUGCGGUGACAGCCCUGUUAGCAAGGACCACUGCCCAGCUGGAGGCUGUUGAGAGAGAGCUGGCAGAAGAGCGGGUGAAACUGGAGUACACAGAGGAGGAAAUCCUGGAGUUGGAAAGAAAGGAAGAUCAAGCAGAAGCCAUAUCAGAAAGGAGUUGGCAAGCGGAAUCUGUUGACAGUGGCUGCAGUAACUGCACCCAGACCAGCCCUCCUUAUCCAGAGCCGUUUUGCGGGGAUGCGUUAGCAGGACAUGUAUUCGCAGCUCCAGCCGGCCAGUACAGCUCUGCGAACGUGCAGCCUCCGCCACUAAAGGUGGAUAAGGAAACUAACACUGAGGAUCUAUUUCCUGAAGAAGUUGCUAUUCUUCCAAAAGAGAGAACUAGCCGCCGGCCACGGGGUUCUGCUUUUGUUCGCAGUAGCACUAUUGUUCGUUCCCAGACCUUCUCGCCUGGAGCACGAAGUCAAUAUGUUUGCAGACUGUAUCGCAGUGACAGUGACAGUUCUACUCUGCCAAGGAAGUCACCUUUUGUCCGGAAUACAUUGGAGAGGCGUACUCUACGGUAUAAACAGCAGUCCUGCAGAUCGCCUUUGGCUGAGCUUAUGGCGAGGACAUCCUUAGACCUGGAGCUGGAUCUCCAGGCAUCCAGAACUAGACAGAGACAGCUGAACGAGGAGAUAUGUGUUUUAAGGGAGCUGAGACAGCGUCUGGAAGAUGCCCAACUCCGAGGGCAGACAGAUCUACCCCACUGGGUCCUUCGAGAUGAGCGAUUCCGGAACCUGUUGAAGGAAGCAGAGAGGCAGACCAGACAGACCAAAUUUGAACAUCACCAAGAGCAAGCAGCUGAAAAGAUGCUAAAGAAAGCAUCAAAAGAAAUAUACCAGUUGCGUGGGCAAAAUCAGAAGGAGCCUAUUCAGGUGCAGACUUUUAGAGAGAAGAUAGCUUUUUUUACAAGACCAAGGAUUAACAUACCUCCUCUGCCAGCUGAUGAUGUAUGACAUGUUGCAUUGUAAACAUGAAGUAUUUAUCGCUUUUAUUUUAAUAAAGUUAUUAGAUUAGCCAAGUUUCUUUAAAAAGUGCAAAAGCUAAUAUACACGUUUUGUAAAAAAUAAAAAAAGUAAAAAAAGUAAAAGUAAACAAAAACAUAUAUAAA